CGAAUUUUACUACCACCACUCCCGGAUACGGUCAACUUCUCGCUGAACCACGCAGCUAUGGAUCUCACAGUGCAUACAUUCACGGGCAUGACCUUUGGGGCAGCGCUCACAGCAUCUGGAGUUUGGAAUCCUUCUACAAUUGUCGAGCAAAUGCGGUUUCACGACUUCCACAUGCUCAAAGUCUUCAUGGCAGCAAGUAGUGCGAGCGCACUCAUGAUGCAUCUCCUAUCUCUGUCAGGUCGCGUACCAAACAAACCAAGGCCAGAAUCAAGACUCCUUACUGGUAUACCGUACGACGGAAAUAUCAUCGGAGGAGCAAUGGUCGGCUUCGGCAUGACACUCACGGGAGCUUGUCCCGGUACCGUCCUCGUCCAAAUCGUUACAGGAACAUAUCCGGGACUAUACUCUUUCAUCGGGGGACUAGCUGGUGGCAUUCUUUACAUUCCACUCCAAUCUUAUCUAAGAAGACCAUGCGCGAAGUCUGGAGACGAGAAUCUCCUGCUCUAUACGAAAUACCAUCUCAGUCCUAGCUUGUCGGUGCUAGCCUACGAGUCAAUGUGCAUUGGGGUAAUCGGACUCGCCACGAAGCUUGCACCUGCACAGGGAGACAGUCUCUUUCUUCCACCGGUCGUCGGGGGGUUGUUCAUCGGCGCAGCCCAACUGGUCUCACUAGCCUUGCGUAGAGCUCCUGUGGGGAUCUCGACCGCAUACGAAGACAUCGGAGCCAAAGUUUGCGGUUUUUUCAAGGAGGAGGAAUCGAAGCAGGGAGGGCAGUUUCCUACCCAAGCAAUGGCUUUCGCAGCUGGUGUGAUGAUAGGAGCUUCUACUCUUGUUCGACUCGUACCAAAGAUUGUCUUGGCAAAUGCGGGAUUGGACCUUGGGAUAUCUCCCAUGAGAGCUGUUCUUGGGGGAGUUGUUAUGGUGCUAGGGGCAAGGUUAGCUGGUGGUUGCACUUCGGGUCAUGGGAUCAGCGGGAUGAGUAUGCUCGCUACGUCGAGUGUGGUGACGGUAGCAAGUAUGUUUGGAGGGGGGAUGGCGCUUGCACAAGUCAUGUCGUGACAAGAGAAGUGAUAACAGUUGGGACUCAAUAGAAAGAUGAGAUGGAACGGGGCAUUUGCUAAAAUGUACUUGAUUCUGU